UCAUCGUUGUUUUACUUUUCUGUUUAUAUCAGAGUUAAAUUCCUUUGUCGUUUACAAAAUAUCCAUGUACACUAGUGGGUGAUAAGGAUUAUCGUUGAAUAUGCACUAACUAAAUUGAUUUAAAAUUUGGAAAAUCUUCUUAAAUUAUCAGUGACGAAUUAGAAAUUCCGGUUUUAUGAAUUCAAAAUAAGGAAGCAUUGCAUUUUACAUGUGUGUGUCUUCAUUCUAUAUAAGAUAAAUUUUAUAAUAUUUUUCCUGACUUGAGGCGUCCUAUAGUUACUAGAAGAGGCAACCCUUAGUUAGGUGGAAGUGAAACGAUGUUCCCUUCUCAUUACGCAUUUAUCUUGACUCUAAUAGAAUUUUCCAACACGAACCUCGCAGCGGUAGAAGUACCGUGGAAAAUACAACGAAGUGAGGCACACUCAUUCCUUAAAGUUCCAACUAGAAACAAACGGAGCAAUCCUGAUUGUGCUAAUAUCGAAGGUUACUGUGAACAUCACUUAUCAAGCUGCAGGGAGCACUAUGAAGUUUCACGAGAAAUGUUUUGCAGAACAAAUAAUACCUGUACAUCUACACAAUUGUGUUAUCUGGUAACACCCUGUCCAAAGCAUUUCAAAACAGGCUGUCAUGAAAAAAAUUGUACAUCUAGCCCGUGCCAAAAUGGUGGUGUUUGUGAAGACAAGUUUAAUGACUACAGGUGUUACCGCCAUGGGUUUACUGGAAAGCAUAGCGAAAUAGAUAUAAAUGAAUGCGCAUCUAAUCCUUGUCAAAACAGAGGAACUUGUAAAGAUCACGCCAAUGGAUACAGCUGUUCUUGUGUUCCUGGAUAUAUUGGUAUAAAUUGUGAAAAAGACUUUAACGAAUGCGAAUCCAACCCGUGUCAAAAUGGCGGAACGUGUACUGACCACUUGAACAGAUACAGUUGUUUAUGUAUGCAAGGCUAUACUGGAGUCAAUUGUCAAACAGACAUAGAUGAAUGUGGAUCAAAUCCAUGUCAACAUGGCGGACGUUGUAUAGAUCACGUUAACAGAUACCGUUGCUUAUGUGUUCCUGGAUAUAUUGGUUUAAGAUGUCAGACAGGUAUCUGUUUUUAUUAA